UAUUGACUUUGAGCAUAGCUGUGAAGGAGGGAGCAGUAUGUACAAGAUAACCUAGUUGUGUGUAACAUGGCUGUAUCACCAGCUAAGAGUGCUUUAAGAAGUAAAAUAAAAAAUAUCCUUAAAAAUAUUAGCUCAGAAGAGAAAAAAACACAGUCCGCGAAAAUACUUGAAAAGUUACGUGCAUUGAAGCAAUAUCAAGAUAGCAAGAGAAUUUCAGUAUACCUAAGUACUGACGAUGAAAUUGAUACCGUACCAAUUUUAAAAGACAUAUUUGAUAUGAAGAAAGAGGCUUUUGUACCACGAUACCAUGGAAAAAAUAUGGAAAUGGUAAAACUGAAAUCAAUGAAUGAUUAUGAGACACUACCAUUAACAAAGUGGAACAUUAAACAGCCAAGCAUUACCGAGUGCCGUGAAAACGCUUUGGAAACAGGUGGAUUAGAUUUCAUGAUCUUGCCAGGAGUUGCUUUCACAAUAAAUGGAGACCGUUUAGGACAUGGAAUGGGAUAUUAUGAUGAAUAUUUGAGAAAAUAUUUUGAAGCACGAAAUACAAGACCAUAUUUGGUUGCAGUGGGAUUUAAAGAACAAAUACAAGAAAAUAUACCAACUAACGAACAAGAUGUGCCUGUUGACAUUGUACUCAGUGGAUAAUAAAUAAAAUACUAUACAAAUGAAAAGAUAAAAAAGAU